AUUACUAGCAUUUUACUCUAGAUUUGCUAAGUGUAAAAAUCCCCUUCGCUGGGAGAAAGCUCUACUCGCCUGCUUCUAUUUGACAAAACAAGCGAGCAUUUUUGGCAUAACUAACUGCACAUAUUGCUGAGAAAAAAUGGCAAGAACGCACUCUUGUCAUGAAACUUUUCGCUAUCUCUCAAAUAAUCACAGUGCGGAUAUAACCAGCAGUCUUUCGGAGGACUCCAGUCGCAGCUCUAACGGCUGUUUUGCCACACUUGUUCAAGUUUGUCACGAAGAAAAGCAUUUUCAUGGCCAGAAAAGAGUAUAUGUUCGACCUUGUGAGUCUUGUGGAAUAGAUCACGAGGGCAAAUACGGCACUGGGAGGUUUUGUAGUAGUGCUUGCGCUCAUAAAAAGGGAGGUCUAGGUAGAGCAAAGCAGCUGAGAGCAGAAAGAAUCAAAAGAGUCAUGAGUAUUUCUGAAAUCACCCAAUCUGAACCACAAGCAAAGCAAACAGGUGAAAAGAAGAUAAAAGAACGCAAACUAAGAUGGCCGGGCAAAGGCUAUAAACUGUGCAAUCAUUGUAGACAAAAAGUUCCUAGCAGGUUGCGGCGAUGUCGCCAAUGUGGAAAGAAUUUUCAAAAUAAUCGAUAUAUUCCACCCGCUGUGCAUAGAUCCAUCUUGCCCACCCUUUUACCCAAAUGGUCAUCACCUGCUCAAGCCAUGUGGCCAGCAAUGAUGGUUCAAACCAGUUUCAAUCCGAAUCUGUCGUAAAGACUGAAGACAAUUGAGGAACGUGUAGAGUUCAAUUUUGAAUAGUAAACUAUGCACAUGUCUGUAUUGGGUUCUUUUUCUUGUGUCAAUUCAGUUAUGUAAUAUUGAUUCUGAGUACGAAUACUAGUUGCCGCAAGGUUAAAUUAUC